GUGUAACCCGCUCUUCGUGCUUAUCGAUAUUAAAAAAAGUUGAGUCGGCCAGAAAUUUGUUUACCUAAACAAAAUGAUCAUAAAAAGUUUAAUAUUAGCAUUAUUAGUAAGUUUUGGACGAGAAGCAGCUACAGAUAAUGAAGGUCUGUGUAGCCCUGACCAGAAAUCGUGUAGCCAACGUGAAUUCGUGGACGAAAACCAGGAUGAGUUUACCUUCCAGAUACGUCGGCAGAUCGAUAAGGCAAUGGCCGGAUAUAAGCCUUGCAGCAAUGAUGCAGAGGAUGCCAGUUGCACUUGCCACGCGGCAGUUCUAAAGCGGGAUCUGGCACUCUACAAGUCAACAGGUGUCACCCGGCAAAUGAUUGAAAGUUCGGCGAGAUACGGCACCAAAUACAAGGUGUAUCAGAAUCGCUUGUACCGGGAUCCGAGCUGCAUGUUCCCGGCCCGGUGCCAGGGUAUCGAGCACUUUCUUCUGCCGCUGGUGGCGACUCUACCAAACAUGGACUUGGUGGUAAAUACAAGAGAUUAUCCGCAGCUGAACUCCGCCUGGGGCAACAGUGCCGGAGGUCCAGUGUUCUCAUUUUCCAAGACCAAGGAGUACCGUGACAUCAUGUAUCCGGCGUGGACCUUCUGGGCCGGAGGACCGGCGACCAAACUCCAUCCUCGGGGCAUCGGACGAUGGGAUCAGAUGCGCGAUAAGCUGGAAAAGCGAGCAGCUGCAAUUCCCUGGUCGCAGAAACGAGAACUCGGCUUCUUUCGUGGCUCACGCACCUCCGACGAGCGGGACUCCCUUAUUCUCCUCUCAAGGCGAAGUCCGGAUCUGGUAGAGGCUCAGUACACAAAGAACCAGGGCUGGAAGUCACCCAAGGACACACUGGAUGCUCCAGCAGCUGACGAGGUCUCCUUCGAAGAUCACUGCAAAUACAAAUACUUGUUCAAUUUCCGCGGAGUGGCUGCCAGUUUUCGGUUAAAGCACUUGUUCCUCUGCAAAUCACUAGUCUUCCAUGUGGGCGAUGAGUGGCAGGAGUUUUUCUACGAUCAACUGAAGCCAUGGGUUCACUACGUCCCGCUUAAGAGCUAUCCCAGCCAGCAGGAAUACGAGGAAAUUCUUUUGUUCUUCAGGAAAAAUGAUGCUCUGGCUCAGCAAAUCGCUCAAAGAGGUUACGACUUCAUCUGGCAGCAUCUGCGCAUGAAGGACAUAAAGUGCUACUGGCGAAAACUGCUAAAAAGCUAUGUAAAGCUGCUCAAAUAUGAGGUGCAGCCAGAAGAUCACCUUAUCCAUAUUGGCCAAGGCAAGGAUGAACUGUAAAAGAUUUACAAAUUUUAGAAGACCUGUUGGGAUUUCACUAAUUUAUUACAAGCAUUCCUAUAAUCGAGUAUAUAACCAGGUAUUAAUUUCAGAAUCUCCUAUACACAUUAAUUCUAUUCUAAAACAAAUUGCUAUAUGAGAAUAAGUAAGGUAACUGUGAGCCAAUUUUCAAGUUUUUACUUUUAAACAAUAGACAUUUUAAUAACGA